AUGAAGAAGGCAGUAGACAGAGAUGAUUUUCAGAAGAGCCUGCUCAUUUACAGGAGCACGCCUCUCCAGAACGGCCUAUCACCUGCACACAUGCUGAUGGGUCGCCGCAUUCGUUCCAACCUGCCAGUCAGUGAGGACUUGCUGACACCCAAAGGUGCAUCUAAGGUCCGAACCGAGGGUGGACUAUCUUUGAGGAGGAAUCGCACAGAUCUUCGACUGCAACCUACUGUGGAGGACACAGCAGCUCAGGAGGUCGAGCUUCAACAAGACCCACUUGAACUUCCUGAACUGUCCAACAGCGAUCACGCUGACAAUGGUCAAACAGCAGCGUCAAGUCACCCACUGCUGAGAGACUCGUGA